UUACUCUAUUUACUUUCUUAUUUAAUUUUACAGAGUUGUAGUGCCGAUUUUUAUGAAGUUAGUAGAAUUUAUUGGGAAACUCAUAAUAUGGGAGCGUUCUUUACACACGAGGCUGUUUGGCUAAUUGUUCAUUGCCGCAAUUGUGGUCGUAAAAUGGAUAUUACUUGUGAGCUUUCAACGUCUGGAAAGAAAAUGCGUUGGGGCUACUAUAGAUACUACAUUACUCGCAAAGAGUCACAAGAACUUGAACCGCAUUUGUCUUACAACAGGAUGAAAAAGGUGUACGACAGGAUGUGUCAACACUAUAACUUGAUUGGUCGUAAUUGUUCUCAUUGGGCAAGGCAAUUUUAUUUUCUAAUUUGCCUUGUAGGGGACGUAUGA